AGAGCAUUGGUAGACUUUUCCUUAGAACAAAAUUGAAAAGCCAUUUUCUUCCAACGAAAUUUACAGAUACUCUUCACCUUUCUUUUUCUAGAAAACGCAGUAGAACUGAAAUGGGGUUUGGAAAGGAAACCAUUGGUAGUAUUUUCGAUUCCACCAUGUUCGUCCUAAUUUUGUUCACCUUGCUGCUGUCACAGCAUCAGUGUGCUGAAGUUUAUGAGAUAACUCCGUCACAACCAUUUUCACAGACACAAACCCUUGUCUCCCCCAGCCGCAUUUUCGAAUUGGGGUUCUUCAGUCCUAAUGGUUCGGUUAACAAGUACGUGGGGAUAUGGCACACGAACAUAUCUCCGCGGAAAGUUGUAUGGGUUGCCAACAGAGAAAACCCUCUUGCAGCUUCAGAUACCUUGGCUAAUUUGACAAUUAGCAGCAAUGGGAAUCUGGAGCUUGUAGAUGGGAAGCAGAAUUCUCUUUGGUCAACGAAUAUUUCGGUGCCAUCUAAUGGUUCAGCUGCAGAGCUUUUGGACAGCGGAAAUCUUGUCGUAAAAGAUGAUGAUGUCGGUGCUGAUCCAUUGUGGCAGAGUUUUGAUUAUCCUAGUGACACACUUCUACCAAAUAUGGUGCUGGAAUUCGAUAGUAAAUCCGGAAAGCGCAGUUUAAUGAAAGCCUGGAAAAGUGAGAUUGAUCCAUCAGCUGGCUUGUUCUGGGCUGGACUUUCACGGGACGUUCCAUCACAAGUGUUCAUUUGGAUUAAUGAAUCGAAACCCUACUGGAGAAGUGGGGCAUGGGAUAAAUCAAGGUUCAUCGGGGUACCGGAUAUGAAUAAUCAAUAUCUAAGUGGAUUCACUCUAAAUGAUGAUGUGAACCCGGGAACAAAAUCUUUUUCCUACAGGUUUUUUGACAAUUCGCUUUCAUAUCUUGGCAUCUCUUCGGAUGGAGUACUGAAUCUUAAGCUUUCGGACAAUGGCAGCAACUGGUGGCUUAACUGGGAGGCACCGGUGAAUCCAUGCGACAUUUAUGGAACAUGUGGUGUUUAUGGUGUCUGCAAAGGUUCUGAAUCUCCAAAUCCAAAUUGCGAGUGUUUGAAAGGGUUUGUACCAAAAUCAAAUGAGGAAUGGAGCAACGGAAACAGGACUGGAGGGUGUGUGAGGACCACCGAAUUGUUUUGUGAUCAGAGUAACACAAGCAGGUCAUUUGCUUCAGGAGGAAAAGAAGAUGGCUUUCGGAAGAUGGUGGGAUUAAAGCUACCAGAUUUUCAUGAGCUUAUCGAAAAUCUGGAGGCUGACGAGUGCAAGAUACGAUGCCUAAAUAAUUGUUCUUGUCAGGCUUAUGCGCAAGUUAAUAAUAUAGGGUGUUUGGUCUGGUCCAGUGACCUUAUUGAUAUACAAGAGUUUACAUUUGGAGGGAACGAUCUUUAUAUUCGCCUAGCACACGGAGAAUUAGAUGAAGGAAAGCCUGUAAAGCUAAUUGCUAGCGUCACUGCUGUUGGUUUUAUCAGUAUCUUGAGUGCCAUAGCUUUCGGUGUUCAGAGACUGCGCGGUAAAAAAACAGGGAACACGAAAGAAAAAACAAAGUUAAUGCAGUUGAAUCAUACAAGUGAUAAUUCAAGGGACAAUCUUCAAGAAUACAUAAGAAAACAUGAUCCAUCGGAGCUAUUCAUCUACGAUUUUGACAGCAUAUUAAAUGCCACAAACAAUUUCAGCACCAUGAACAAACUCGGGGAAGGAGGUUUCGGCCCUGUUUACAAGGGUAAGCUACAAGAAGGAAAGGAAAUAGCAGUAAAACGACUAUCUAGUAGCUCGGGGCAAGGCAUAGAGGAGUUCAAGAAUGAGAUGCUGUUGAUCUCCAAACUCCAACACAAGAAUCUUGUUAGGAUCAUGGGCUGCUGCGUCAAGGACGAUGAAAAGUUACUGAUUUAUGAGUUCAUGCCUAACAGAAGCUUGGAUACUCUUCUAUUCGAUCCAAAGCGCAAAGCAGAGCUUGAUUGGGCUAGACGCUUCAAUAUUAUUCAGGGAGUUGCUAGAGGGCUUCUUUAUCUCCACCACGAUUCCCGUUUGAAGGUAAUCCAUAGAGAUUUGAAGGUUAGUAACAUUCUCUUGGAUGAGAAUAUGAACCCAAAAAUUUCAGAUUUUGGAUUGGCACGAAUCGUUGAAGCAACACAGAGUCUAGCAAAUACUCACAAGGUUGUGGGAACACUUGGCUAUAUGUCUCCCGAAUACGCCAUGGGUGGGAUAUUUUCUGAAAAAUCUGAUGUCUAUAGCUUUGGUGUCUUGCUAUUGGAGAUUAUCGCCGGCAAAAAGAAUACUAGCUUCUAUUACAACGAAGAACAGCACGGAUUUUUAGCUUAUGUUUGGCACUUAUGGAAUGAAGGCAGGGGACUGGACUUGCUGGAUGAAGUAUUGGCGGAUUCAUAUUCGUCAUCAGAAGUAACAAGAUGCAUGCAUAUCGGACUUCUCUGCGUACAGGACAAGUCUGAAGAUAGGCCAAUCAUGCCGGACGUAGUUUUCACACUAAGUAGUGAGACGAAUCUUCCACUACCUAAGCAGCCUAUAUUUUCUAAUUUCCGAAACGCAGUCUAUAAUCCUCAACCUCAAUAUGACAAUAUUUUCUCUGCAAAUGAAGAAACUAUAACCAUUAUCGAAGGUCGGCCCAAAACAGUAUUUCAAUGUUUGAUCGUAUUGCUUUUCAGGGAAUUUUUAAUCAUUCAGAUGCAAAUUAGAACCGAAAGUAGUGUUAGUACGAUGAAUUCCUCCAUGUUCUUCCUAUUCUUCUUCAGCUUGCUUCUUCUGUCACGGCACCAUUGUGCCGAAGUUUACGAGAUAAGUCCUGCGCAACCAUUAUCAGAGGGACAAACUCUUGUCUCCCCCCGCCAUGUUUUCGAAUUGGGAUUCUUCAGUCCUAAUAAUAAUUCCGGUAAUAAGAAGUAUGUGGGGAUAUGGCACAAGAGUAUUUUUCCUCGAAAAGUUGUAUGGGUGGCCAACAGAGAAAAGCCGAUUGCAGCUUCAGACACCUUGGCUAGUUUGAGAAUAAGCAGCAUGGGGAAUCUGGAGCUUGUAGAUGGAAAACAGAAUCCUCUUUGGUCAACGAAUAUUUCGGUGCUAUCUAAUGGUUCAGCUGCAUCUCUUUUAGACACCGGAAACUUUGUCGUAAAAGAUGAUGAUGUCGGAGCUGAACCGUUGUGGCAGAGUUUUGAUUAUCCUAGUGACACACUUCUACCAAGUAUGCUGCUGGGGUUCAAUAGCAAAUCUGGAGAGACGAAUUUCCUGACUUCCUGGAAAAGUGAGAGUGAUCCAUCGACGGGGAUGUUCAUGGUUGGAUUGACACCAGAGGUGCCAUCACAGAUUGUAAUUUGGAUUAAUGGAUCAACUCCCUACUGGAGAACCGGGCCAUGGGAUAAAUCAAAGUUCAUCGGGCUACCAGGUACAAAUGAUGCAUAUACAAGUGGAUUCAGAUUAGAUGAUAAUGCAGAGGAAGGAACAAAGUAUUAUUCUUAUAGUUCUUAUAAUUACGGGGACGUUUUGGCGUACUCAGACAUCUCUUCAGACGGUACACUUAAGUUUAUGAAUUCGGAACGUGGAGAGUACUGGAUUCUUGACUUUUUAGCACAAAAUAACUCAUGUGAUAAGUAUGCAGCAUGCGGACCUUUCGGGGUUUGCAAACGUUCUGAAUCUCCAACAACUCCAAUAUGCAAGUGUUUGAAAGGGUUUGUACCAAAGUCACACGAGGAAUGGAGCAAAGGAAACAGGACAGGAGGGUGUGUGAGGCAAACCAAAUUGUUUUGUGAGACUAAUACAAGUCAGUCAGUCGCUUCGAGAAGAAAUGAAGACGGGUUUUUGAAGAUGACGCAGUUAAAAGUACCAGAUUUUCAUGAAUAUAUCAAGUUUUCAGAUGCACAGAAGUGCAGGACACAGUGCCUAAAAAAUUGUUCUUGCCUGGCUUAUGCACAUGUUGAUAACAUAGGAUGUUUGGUCUGGUCCAAAGGCCUUCUUGAUAUACAGGAAUUUGUCUAUGGUGGAGAAGAUCUUUUUAUUCGCCUGGACCGCUCAGAACUCGGUGAAGGAAAGCCAAUAAAGUUAAUUGCCAGCCUCGCAGCAAUUUGUUUGAUUAGCAUCUUGGGUGCCCUAGGGUUCGGUUUCCACAGGUUGCAAGCUAAUAAUAAAAAGGGAAACGCCAGAUUAACUGAUACAAUUGAGAACGGAAGAGACACUCUUCAAGAAUACAUUGGAAAGCAUGAUCCAUCAGAGCUGGUCAUCUAUAAUUUCGAUAGCAUUUUAAUCGCAACGAACAAUUUCAGUAUCACAAACAAACUCGGGGAAGGAGGAUUUGGCCCUGUUUACAAGGGUAAGCUGCAAGAAGGGAAGGAAAUAGCGGUAAAAAGACUAUCUAGUAGCUCAGGGCAGGGCAUGGAAGUCAAGAAUGAAGUGUUGUUGAUCUCCAAACUCCAACAUAAAAAUCUUGUUAGGAUCUUGGGUUGCUGUGUUAAAGAUGACGAGAAGUUACUGAUUUAUGAGUUCAUGCCAAACAGAAGCUUGGAUACUCUUCUAUUCAAUCCAACACAGAGAGCAGUGCUUGAUUGGGGUAGACGCUUCAAUAUUAUUCAGGGUGUCGCUAGAGGGCUUCUUUAUCUCCAUCAUGAUUCCUGUUUGAGAGUAAUACAUAGAGAUUUGAAAGUUAGUAACAUUCUCUUGGAUGAGAAAAUGAACCCAAAAAUUUCAGAUUUUGGAUUGUCACGAAUCGUUGAAGCGGCACAAAGUCUAGCAAAUACUCACAAGAUUGUGGGAACACUUGGUUAUAUGUCUCCGGAGUAUGCUAUGGGUGGAAUAUUUUCUGAAAAAUCUGAUGUCUAUAGCUUCGGCGUCUUGUUAUUGGAGAUUAUUAGGGGCAGGAAGAGUACUGGCUUCUAUCACAACGAAGAACAGCUAGGCUUCCUAUCUUAUGCAUGGCACUUAUGGAAUGAAGGCAGGGGAUUCGAAUUUGUAGAUGAAGUGUUGGCCGAAUCUUUUUCCUUAUCAGAAGCAACGAGAUGCAUGCAUAUCGGGCUUCUUUGUGUGCAGGACAAGGCUGCAGAUAGGCCUACCAUGCUGGAUGUAGUUUUCGCGCUAAGUAGUGAGAAGGAUCUUCCACCACCUAAGCAGCAUAUAUUUACAAAUUUCGAAAACUCAUCAGUCUAUGAUCCUCACCCACAUUACGACAACAUUUUCUCUGUGGAUAACGCUACCAUAACACUGAUUGCAGGACGAUAAGCAAUCCCAUACCGUCGCAUCACAAUGCAGCGAAUUUCGACCAUUAUUUUGAAAAGUUCUUACACCUACAAGUUAGGGUUAGUUUGGUAUUGUUGUGCUUUAAAAAAAAAUACUUGCAGUAAUGUGUUUGGUAAACUAUAGUUGUAAAAGUACUUUUGGCAAAAAAAUGCAAUGUUACAAUGUUUAGUAAAUCUUUAUGUAAAACAGUUGUGACUA